AAAGCAGGAGAUAAAAACUAAUACAAACGUUUUGGCUGUCUAAAUAUUAGUCGCUAGAUCUGUUCUUCAGACUAAUUACUUAAUUAUUUCCUGUCUGUAUGAAUGUGAAUGACAUUUUAUGUGACUUCCUUAUUCUGAACAAACUAGAGAAGCACUCAAGACUCAGCGGACACGUCUUCUGCGGGCUCGUAAAAUGGAUCCAGUCUAUGAAAAUCCUGGUUUCAAACUUUCAACAGUUUCUUUAGAUGAAAAACACUCUCAACACAGAGGUAACUCCACUGAAGAGAGAGCGAGAGACAGAGAGAGAGAGAAAGAGAGAGAGAGAGAGAGAAAGAGAGAGGUCACUUCUUCUAAGUGGACUAAAGUUUCUCUGAUUGUUCUGUGUUUUGUUCUGGGUUUUGCUCUCGGAGGUCUCUGCGCUCUCGGGGUGAUUUAUCAUUUUAAGCUUGCUGAUUUCAAAUCACUGAAUGAGCAGAACAUCAUGAUUUCAGAGACACUGGCGGCUCAAGAGAUCAACAGCGCAGAUAUGAAGAAAGAGUUCAAAGAUCUUGCGGCCAGAUACGGCACACUUAGAGAAUGGCUUUCCUUUAAUGAUGCUCAAUCUUGUAGUCUCUCUGUGAAUGGCUGGAUUGCUUGUCGUGGAAAGCUGUAUUUAUUCAUCUCUGAUAGACUGAACUGGAUGAGCAGUCGAAAUGUCUGUGUUUCAAAAGGAGCCAAUCUGGUGACCAUAACCAGCCAAUCAGAACAGGAUUUUCUGGUGUCUAAAAUUAACGUGACGCACUGGAUUGGUCUCAAUGAUAUAGACACUGAAGGACACUGGGUUUGGGUGAACAACCAAACUCUCACUGAAACUGGAGUACAGUUCUGGUUCACUGGAGGGCCGAGAGAACCUGAUAACUGGAGAGUACAGGAUCCGUCUGGAGAGAACUGUGCUAGUCUGGGAGAUGGGAAUGGCAAUUUUCAAUCUUGGUUUGAUGCUUCUUGUAAAACAGUAAAGAAAUUUAUCUGUGAAAAGAAAUAUUAAUUUACCUCCAUCAGUGAUACUGUUACAUGUCAGUUUGUUUUGGGACUUCUUUCUGUUUGUAUUUGUUCAGUUUACCAGCACUCCUUUCACUGUCAUCUUUAGUUCAAUUGUUUCAUCUGUGUGUAAUUAAUCAUCUCAUCUUUUACAACAAGCAAUUUUAUUCUGUUCUGCCAAGAAGUCACUAAUGAAGUUGUCCUCUAAAGCUUUGUUUGUAAAGUCCCUCAUUUUUUAGUCGCUCCGACUAAAAGAGUGUAAUAAAAAUACACUCCAGAAAAAUGCUCAAGACAAAUGUACAUUUUGGAAAACAUUUUUACCUACCAUAAAACACAAUUCACCUUUGGCUAAGCCCCGCCCCCUUAGUUACUGUUGCUACAUCCAACAAACUUCAUCUGGGCUCUGG